AAAGGCAGUGGGAAGGAAAGUUACGUGUUUGGUGGGUGAUAUAGUGUCUUGGUUAGGUGAAGGGGAGAGAUCUCCGACGUGGCUUGGUGGCAAAUGCAGCAAAAAAGUUCCAGCAUGCGGACAUAUUCUGCUGGGCGCCGACGAUGGAUAGGACUGGUCACCAUUUGGAUGGUGGUGGCGGGCGGAUUUCCAGCAGUGAAAACCGCCCACCUUAGCGGCACCUUCGAGGUGGAUGAAUUUUUCCGCUUUCUGCACAAAUUCGGUUUCCAGAAGACGGAAAAACACUCCCAGAAGGACACCGAAUGGGACACGUUUGGGUAUAUCUACGGGAACAUAACGUCGAAGGUUAAUUUUACUGUUCCGGUUACGUUGGCUGUGCUAGAUAAGCGCAGCUUCCUUGAAUACUACGCAAACCGGAACGAUUACGACCGCGAUGUGGCCUGCCAGCGGAUGUUUGAGAAGCUGGAUAAGAUAGUUUAUAGUCGGGCUUGCAACCCGCACGCGGAAGCCGACUACCUGAGGCGAAUUCCGUGUGAGAAAGGAAAGCUAUGCGUGGAUGAGGACACACGAGAAAACGUCGUUCCGGGCAGCCAGUUCACGUUCGUGAUUAGUGAUCCUAAUGUGCCAAGAUUCUGGUACGUGUCGAUGGUGGCCUGCUAUCAGAAUGUAUCCACCUGCCAGUGGCAUCAUUACGACUACCGCAAAUACCAUGUCGAACCGCCAUCCAUCGAUUUCGAUAUUACGCUGGUGAACGGUAAUCCGAAUCGCCAGACGCUGUCCUUCUUCAAUCCGUUGCUGUUUCACUUUUCCUUCGAUCGUCAAAAUACGCUCGAAAUGUAUUUGAUAUUUUUCGUCGUGUAUCUGCUAAUGGUACCGCUUCAAAUUUACGCCGUUCGACUUCAGAAACAUCCGGUGACGAGGCUUUUCACCGUAAGCCUUGUGCUGGAGUUCGUAAGCGUUUGUCUGCUACUCACACAUACAAUUCGCUACGCUAUGAAUGGUGUUGGUAAUGAGAAGUUGGCCAUUAUGGGCGAUAUAUUCGAUAUUUUUAGCAGAACCUCAUUCAUGCUCAUAUUGUUGCUUCUGGCCAAGGGAUGGGCCGUAACACGGCUACAGAUCAGUGUCAGCUCUUGGAUUCUACUCAUGGUUAUUUGGAUACCUUACUGUGCCAUACACGUGCUGCUGUACAUAUGGAACAGAACGGAAGUUGAUAUUAUCUCCGAUAUUGAUGAGUAUCAGACAUGGCCCGGGUGGCUAGUGCUUGCUUGUCGUUCCACGAUGAUGCUCUGGUUCCUGUGGGAACUGCGUACCACAAUGAAGUAUGAGCAUUCGUCGCAGAAACUAGACUUUCUGCUUCACUUCGGUGCUUCGAGUCUGGUGUGGUUUAUCUACCUGCCCAUCGUGGCCAUCAUUGCUGUGAAUGUUAGUCCGCUAUGGCGGUAUAAGCUCUUAUUAGGUAUAACAAAUUCUGCUGACUGUUUGGCGUACUGCGUGAUGAUGGGUUUGCUGUGGCCCAAUCGCGCCGGACAGUAUUUGCUGCUUACGGGAACAAACUUUGGUGGUAUGGACGAACUGGAUGAAUUCAAUGAAGCGCCGCAUAUAGUUCAUCGGGAUUCCGAUACGCUACACAGUAGCAACGGUGAUCUGGCGGUGGAUGAUUACCUGGACAACGAAGACGAUGAGAUUGAAACGCUCGUGCUUAGUACGGACGAUUUGCUUCACACGGGCAAUUCUUACUCCGUUGGUAGUGGUUCCGGUGGUGGCAGUAAACCUCUCACACUCCAUAACGGUAGCGCCAUGAACGGUGGUUUAGGUAAAGGGGGACGGUCUUUCGACUAGAUAGCUCGGUAAAAUUCGUUCUGUGGCGCUGAACAAAAAUUCUUCUACAGUCCUCCAAAGCAGGUCGAUGUAAAACGUAAACGACGAAUCUUUAGAACGAAUUUAAUUCACCUAUAGGGCCGGCUCGGUGUGUCAUUCCCACGUUGUACGCUGGGUAAUUUGUCGUAAUAUCAGUGUGAAAGAAAAAGUUUUUGAUACGUUUUAAAUUGAUAAAAGUGGCGUACGACACCUUCCGCCCUGCCAAUUUAAUGGCACUCUAAUCUGGUCAUUGAUUGAUUCUUAAGAUACAUUGGGAGGGGAUAAAAUAAAACACAUAAAUAAUAAGGUACCGGUAAUCCACUCGACGGAUACUAUUUUCCUUAGUAUAAAAAUUGGAGUUUGACGCUGCGCGUGCGUCUGUGAAAGUCAAAAUUCUUCCAUUUCUUAAACAUAACAUUCAUAAUUGAUAUUCUAUGUAUCCUUUGGAUAGUACACCGUUAUAUCCGUGCAUCCAGACUUGUGUGGAUAGGAUCAUUUUAAUUGGGGUUGGUAUCAUAGUAGAAAGACCGAAAUUUUCCAUACGCGUAAGGGGUUGUCUGUAUGUAAUAGCAUCAAUUGUAGUUAAAUUUAUUGUACGGACUGAGAAAACAAUGCAGUGUAAAGCAUACAGUCCGAGGAAACAACAACAAAACAAAACAAGUAUUGUGUGAUAUGAAAUUCAUAGCAAUUAUGUAAAACGAAUGAGAUAAAACUUUAAUCCUUUUACUUUUAAUACGUUAGCGGUAAGUGUAGUAACACGAUAGCUGUAUCGAAAGCAUGCCAAUGUUACGCUUUUCCGUUCUGAACUCUGCAAAGCGCACUGCAAAGAUAAAUUGUUUCCUCAAGCUCACAGCAAAUACGAUGCAUAAAAUCUGAUUAGUGUUUAAAGUCAUCUAAUUAGUUGUUAUUGUAUAGCAGCGUUUUAUGCGUUUCUUUACCUUUAGGGGAAGACAGUCUAAUGUUUCUGUGUUUUUAAA